AUGAACUUGCUUCAGCACCUUGUAGAUGUAGAUAGCAUAGCUUUCCUUUCUCUUUCCCCUCCUCUUUUUCUUUCCAUCAGAUGGAGCCUUAGCCUUUCCAGCUCUCUUCUCGCCUUUCUUUCCUGCAACUUUGGGUGCCAUCUCUUUUGAUAAGAAUGGAUGAGAAUAGACCGCACUUGCUGAAUAUUGUAUUUAUAACAAAACCAGCAGGGGAUCAAUUAACAUACGGAUCGAAAUCUUUGAGUUUUCAUUGGUUUCUUUACCUCAAGGUCAACAAGCUUCCUGCAUACAUCAUCAUAUUUCAUAAACUACCUAAAAUUGUUUAGUGUGAUUGGUGCGUUUUGAUCCUAUUCAAAUUUUGCCGCGCGUAUAAAUUUUAAGGCUUGCGAGUAAUAGUUUAUUCACUCGUACGUUUACGUGCUGAUCAAAAGUUUUACAAGCCAUGUCUGGUCGCGGUAAAGGAAAGGCAAAGGGCACCAAGUCCAAGAGCCGAUCAUCCCGAGCAGGGCUUCAGUUCCCUGUUGGUCGAAUCCACCGUCUUCUUCGCAAAGGCAACUAUGCUGAGCGUGUUGGCGCUGGUGCUCCAGUCUACUUGGCUGCAGUACUCGAGUAUUUGAGCGCUGAGAUCCUCGAGUUGGCGGGCAACGCUGCUCGUGACAACAAGAAGACCAGAAUCAUUCCCCGUCACCUUCAGCUUGCAGUCCGCAACGACGAAGAGUUGAACAAACUACUCGCCGGCGUCACCAUCGCACAAGGAGGUGUUCUGCCCAACAUCCAGGCUGUUCUUCUGCCCAAGAAGACCGAGAAGAAGCCAAAAGCUUAAACAGAUCCUUCUUCCCACGUCAAAAACAAACGGCUCUUUUAGGAGCCACCAAAUAUGAUAAAAGUCACGAUCAAAAGAGUCACUUUAUUAUUAGUAUCUUUACAGUAAGCCCUCUCAUGGGUGUUGGAAUCCUCUUCUACUCACUUACCUAACGCUUUUGCAUCGACAAGAAAUUGAUAAAAAUUACAAAGAAAAAAACGUAAUAUAAGAAAAACUUACGAAUUAAGUAUACUUUUAACAAUCCUACCUUUAAGCACGAAGGUUGUGCAUAUUUUUAUAUCGCUGGCAGCAAACAAAGCACUAUUGAUGCGAAGAUAAACUACAAGCAAGCCACCAGACAUGACCGGACUCGGAAAUGCGACUUUUAAAAUUAAACAAAAUACUGUGAGAGGGGUAUAAAGUAAGUAAACGAGCUCUGGUCAGGUGAAAAUCAGCUAUAAAUCUUAUCUUAAAUGUUUUUCAGAAGAAUAAUUUAUUACAAAUCCACAUUAAUGCAUGCCUCCAAAUGCUAAUUUUAAAAAAAUUAGUUCACCGUUAAAACCGCGCGAAUAUUUUCAGUCCAUUCCUCAAACAAACAGCUUUCCAAAGUGUGAUAUGUCACUAGUAGCUCAUUUAUAUCCCAGUGCUUAUGAUCUCAGAAACUAGAUAUCAAUAGAGCUUAAGCCACAGUUAGCCAUCACCACUGCAAAACCGAUUUCUAUGUAUUCUUCUACAAUAAGUAGAAAUUUAUCUAUUAGUACGAGUAAACUUUAUUGGCAAUGACUUUUAAAGAUGUGGUGGCUCCUAAAAGAGCCGUUGGUUUUAUAGUACGUCUAGCGUGAAGAUCUAUCCACCAAAUCCGUACAGAGUACGUCCCUGGCGUUUGAGUGCGUACACCACAUCCAUGGCGGUCACAGUCUUGCGCUUGGCGUGCUCGGUGUAGGUCACAGCAUCACGGAUCACAUUCUCAAGGAAAACUUUGAGAACACCACGAGUCUCUUCGUAGAUCAGGCCAGAGAUUCGCUUGACACCGCCACGGCGAGCAAGACGACGGAUAGCUGGCUUGGUGAUGCCUUGGAUGUUGUCACGAAGGAUCUUUCGGUGACGUUUGGCGCCUCCUUUUCCUAAACCUUUGCCUCCUUUGCCUCGACCAGACAUGUUGUUAGUUGCGUACAAGACUGACUAAUAAAGUGGCAAACGAAUCUCACAGCAUUUAUACCGCAAAGAAGGACCUCACUGAAUACAAGCUAGAAGAGAUAAUAAGAGGUGGUUCUCUAUUGGUUAGUUCGGACAAAAGAGCCACGAGGUCAAGGUAAUUAUUACCUUACUUUUGCUUCGUAAGAGAUGUGCGAACAGGUUAAAAGAGAAAAUAAUAGUCGGUAUCACUCAAAAACCAGCCAUAAACUCUUUGACUGCUUUAAAUAGGACACUUUCGAAUUAUUUAGGGCCAAAACUUUGCAUUUACAAUUUCCAUUAAUCCAAAAUACUGGUAAGUAUCUAAGGAUCGAAACACAGCAUUACAGAUAAAUGACAAUACUUUGCUAGUAGUCUUGAUUGUCCAAUGAAAUCGCAUAGUUUUUGACCAAUCGGAAAGAAGCCCGCUAAGUAUAAAUAUAUUGUGUUCACAUUUAAUGCACAUCAUAUCCGUUAAUUUUCGGUUAGAAUUGAAGAUGGCACGUACAAAGCAAACUGCUCGUAAAUCAACUGGUGGAAAAGCUCCACGAAAACAGCUCGCCACAAAGGCAGCUCGUAAGAGCGCGCCCGCCACUGGUGGAGUCAAGAAACCUCAUCGUUACAGGCCUGGUACAGUCGCUCUUCGUGAGAUCCGUCGUUACCAGAAAUCGACCGAGCUGCUCAUUCGCAAGCUGCCCUUCCAGCGUCUUGUGCGAGAAAUCGCUCAAGACUUCAAGACCGAUCUGCGUUUCCAGAGUUCUGCUGUCAUGGCUCUUCAAGAAGCUAGCGAGGCUUACCUCGUUGGUCUCUUUGAAGACACUAACUUGUGCGCCAUCCAUGCCAAGCGUGUCACCAUCAUGCCCAAGGACAUUCAGUUGGCCCGCCGAAUCCGCGGAGAGCGAGCAUAAGCGAUUUGCUUGCACCACAAAACAAACGGCUCUUUUAGGAGCCACCACAUCAAUAAAAGCAAUAACCGACAGUAAAAGAUUUUGUGCUCAACCAUACUUCGUAUCUCUUUAAGAACAACCACACACACGAGGCGAGAAUUCACAUUGACUAGAGCUCUUUUCAUUAAUCUUCACAUUCAUGUGUUCUUGGUAUUUAGUCACAAAUUCAAAACGAUACAGGAACUUCAGGCCUGAGACUGUCGGUCAAAGAAAAGGCUACACAGCGAAAGAGAGAACUCGUAACUGUACAACAACAACUUUUAUUUUUAUUUUCAAAGCUAAUACAGGCUAUAAGGCCGGAGAGUGAAAUGGUGACCGGUCCGGUUUCGCUAACGUGUUAGGCUAAACGAAACCUAGUGUUUCUUAUUUCAAACUAAAAACCCCCAAACAUCACAGUAGAUUACUCGAAAUCCAGAGGAGAAAGAGUUCAGUAAUCGGAGGUAUUACAUAAAAAUUCGUGCAUGACGUUAAUUUUCUUAAGAAAGGGUCUUCCUUCUGCUGGCUUAUUUCUGCCAAAGAGAAAAUUUUGUUCAGCGCGAAACGACUUACGGACGUAAGCGAAACGAACGUAAUCCACUCGGAGUCGUAAACAGAUUUUUCCAUUACACAAAGCUUUUCAUUCUAUUCCCUGAAGUGGGCACAACAACGAAAGAGAGAGAGAGAGAUUUUCUUCACUCUUUGGGAGAAAACUUUGAAGCUAAGAGUUCAAGUUUUAAAGGACUGUAACACUGAGAUUAUAUUAGCGCAGUGAGCAUCCACUGACUUCGUGAAAUACAUUUGGCGCAAUAUCAGUUUCCAAAUCACGCGCGCUCGACGCAACCUUUAAUACCGGUCCUUAAAUUCACGGGAGGAAAAACAGAAGAAUCUUUAAAAACAGAAUAUUAAAGACACAAUUUUGCAUUAAAAGAUUCAGCAAAGACUAAGGUAGAAGUUAAAGGAUUUACAAGCCAUCGGCAUAAAAGAGCAUUGACUUGGUGGGAGUACAUUUUGGCGGAAAAUGUAUGCAAAUUUCUACUGUCAUUACUCGCGACGCCGCGCACUCUAUCAAGUUACAAAGGUACUCGACAGAAAGAAAAAAAAAAUUAUAAGACAAAACUGUAAAAGACGCAAAUUAGAUUAAAAGUCAGGGAAAACUGUUGUAUCACUAAACUGUAUAAGCGACGUCGAAAUUUGAGGAGAUACAUUUGGCGCAAAGUUUAUGCAAAUCACACUCCUAUGACUUACUAUGCUCGACACAACUUUUUCAGUUUACUUUUGAUUUUUGCUUUGAGGUGUAUAAAAAGACAUUUUCAUUUAGCUGAUUUAAUAUCGCAUAAGAAAGUAAGAAACACACGCCGAUAAAACCCUUAACGGGCUGUUUACACCCAGGUCGAAGAGCGUUUGUGAAAAUUUGGAAAAUUGAGUUGGUGGGUGACAUUUCGAAAGCUUUGGAAAGUUAUCUCCGGCUCCUGUUAAUGACAAUGCCUUAUUUGCCAGAAAAUCACAAGUUCAUAUUUACCAUCUUACUAGGAAAGGAAAAGAAAAUGAGCUGUUCUUCAUUUGGAACUGAUUAAGUGACCGUUUCAGUUGAUGUCAUGAUCUGCAGAGUACGGUCAUCUCGAUCUUGCCGUUAGAGUCCAAGGAGUUUGUCCUUGUUGUCUUGACAAAAGAGAAUUUAAACCAUACUAAAUGAAGCAAAUUGUAGAACUUAAGGACAUAUGGUUGAAGUACAUGAGUUAUAUCAUCUUCUAAAUGUCUCUAAAGAGAAAGGAAGUAGCGAGUGCAAAAGAUAAAGGACUUAAAAGAUCAAAUAGCUACAAGAUUCUCUGGAGUUAAAGAAUAAAAAGCUAUACAUCUCUUCCUUUAAAUGCCUCAAUUCGCAAAUACUUCUGGCGAUCAAUUUUUUUGUAAAUUGUAUUUUAGUUUUUAAACUUUAAAAUGAAUAAAAUACGGUGUUACAUCACUUUAUUCGACCACAUUUUUGAUUAACUAGCACAGAAGCAUCGUUCGCCAUGUUCGAUCUCUGUCUUCUCAGUGGUCCGCAUAGAACUCAUAUACAUCACUGUGCGACCUUCGACUCUUCACUUCUUACGUUUCCGUGGGUAUCGUACGAACUUCUUCGUUAUGUCUGAAGCAAAGUCACCAGCUAAAAAGAAGCCAGCUGCGCCUAAAAAGCCAGCUGAGCAUCCACCAUACCUUGACAUGAUCAAGGCUGCCAUUGUCGCUCUAAAAGAGAGAAAUGGUUCUUCUCGCCAAGCCAUCGAGAAGUACAUCAAAGCCAACUACAAGGUUGGUGAGGUCGGCUCACACUUGAAGAUGGCUCUCAAGAGAGGUGCUGCCAGUGGAAAGUUGUUACACACCAAAGGUGUUGGCGCAUCUGGCUCCUUCAAGGUCGCCAAGGAGGAAAAGAAGGAGAAGAAACCAGCGAAGCCAAAGAAGCCCGCCGCCAAGAAGGUAGCAAAGAAACCAGCGGCUAAAAAACCGACAGCAAAGAAAGCAGCGGCUAAAAAGAAGCCAGCGAAGAAGACACCAAGUAAAAAACCCAAGAAAUCCGCAGCGAAAAAGCCGGCAGCAAAGAAACCAGCGGCCAAGAAACCUGCGAAGAAGACACCCGCAAAGAAACCUGCCGCCAAAAAGUCCGCCAAGAAAUCUGCCGCCAAAAAAUCUCCAGCUAAGAAGAAGUAA